UGAAGCUCCUCAGUGGAAAAAAAAAAUAUUGUAAAAUGUCGAGGAAGAGAAAGUACAGCGAAGAUGACGACGAAGACGACACCUUUUACUACCGAUACUCCUCCGCACCAUCACCGGCGCCGUCGUCUUCCGCCACAUCCAAAAACGUUUCCACUUCAAAAUCCUCUCACGGCGGCGGCGGAAGCAGCGGGAGCGGUGGACUAGCUCCAUCAAAGUCAACAGUUUACGUGAGUAAUCUCGAUUAUACCCUGACAAAUUCCGACCUCCAUACAAUCUUCUCCACUUUCGGCAAGGUUGCAAAGGUAACUGUAGUUAAAGAUCGGGUCACUCGAAAGAGCCGUGGGGUAGCGUUCAUCCUUUUCGUUUCUAGAGAAGAUGCAAUUAAAGCUGUGAAAGGAAUUGACAAAAAAGUCCUGAAUGGACGAACCCUAACUGCGUCAAUUGCUUCUGAUAAUGGCCGUGCUGCUGAGUUUAUAAGGAAGAAGGUUUAUAAGGAUAAGAGUAGGUGUUAUGAAUGUGGGGAAGAAGGGCAUUUAUCGUAUGAGUGUCCGAAGAAUUUGCUUGGACCUAGGGAAAGGCCUGAGCCACCGAAGAAAGGGCGGAGGGGUGGUGGUGGAGGAGGAGGAAAGGGGGGUGAUGAGGGUAGGGGUGGGGAGUGGGAGGACAACGAGGAAGAGGAGGAGGCGGAUGAUGAAGGGGGAGCGCGUUUUGAUGACGAUGAUUGGGCUUCUGUAGUGGAUAGAGGAGCAGAGGAGAGGUUAUUGAAAGGAGAUAAUGACGAAUUCAAUAAGCAAGCAAGGAAGGAGAAGAGAAAGGGUUAUUUUAGUGAUGAGAGUGAUGAGGAGGAUUGACGUUUUUUUCCUUUUUCGCGGAAUUAGAUGAGGAAAAAUUCGAGCUUUUAAGCUUGUUUCUGAAGUUGAGGAAUGAUUUUCAAUGGUGUUAAAUGAAGAAUCGCUGCAAAGUUUACUUCGUUGGAAUAGAUCAACACUCACCGAGAGCACCAUAUUCAGGUACUUCAAGCAUGUCAAUGCAAGCCAUUGUAUGGCACUCCUGUUUCUUGGUGGAUCAACAGGUUGUCUAGUUAGUUAGGUUGUUCUUUACUCGAGGAGGAAAGUUAUCGAACGUUGCCUGUAAUAUCGAACUUACCUGAAAACAAAAUGCAAAAUUUCAUAUGCAUUGAAGAUGUUAUGUUACCAAUUUCAUUGUAUCAUUAGCUGGUCCAGCUUGAUUUCCUUUCUGUAAGGAAAUAGAUGAAAUUGAUUUGUCUGACUGAAGCAAGACAGCUCCUGAAACUUGUGUUCACAGAAAAGAUAUGUGUAUAUCCUAUUCUUUUCAGAUUCUACUUGUAAAAUUACAUCG